AUGGCGCUUGGCAGGAAGCGCAAGUCAGAGAGCGUUUCAGUUGUUGAAGAAGCUGGAGAGGCUGAUACACCUUCCAAAAGAAUCGCAACAGACGCCACUUCAACCACCUCUACGCCCGCAACACCCGCUACAGGAGAGAAAAGAGGUAGAGGCCGUCCUCGCAAAUACCCUGUGGGCUCUACCCCCGUUCGUCCAGAUGGACCUAAGAGAGGUCGCGGGCGUCCCCGCAAGGAAACAACUGGCACAGCUACUCCAAAGGCUAAGGCAACACCCAAGUCGAACACACCUGGUGGCGUCUCGCGGGGCCGGGGAAGGCCGAGGAAAAAUCCUAUUCCUAGUGACUCUACACCAACUGCCGAUGGCAACACCGCCAACGAUAGCGGACGUUCUUACUGGCUUAUGAAAGCUGAACCCGAAUCUCGAAUUGAAAAAGGAAAAGAUGUGAAGUUUUCUAUCGAUGACUUGCGUGCUGCAAAGGAACCAGAGCCAUGGGAUGGCGUGCGCAAUCCCGUUGCACGGAAGAAUAUGCAAUCUAUGAAGAAGGGAGACCUUGCUUUCUUCUACCACUCCAACUGCAAGGUUCCUGGUAUUGCCGGUGUCAUGGAGAUCGUUCAGGAGCACUCUCCAGACGAGACUGCCUUUGAUCCCUCCCAUCCAUACUACGACGAGAAAUCCAAGCGUGAGAACCCAAGAUGGGUCGUGGUUCACGUGGAAUUUCGGCGCAAAUUUGAUAAGCUGAUUACGCUAAAUGAACUUAAGUCUCACGCCGGUGCUAAUGCGCCCCUUGAGAACCUUCAGAUGCUCAAGCAAGGGCGGCUCAGUGUCUCGGCUGUGAGCCCACAAGAAUGGGACUUCAUUAUGAGCCUGGCGAGCAAUGAGGCGGCAUUUGGUCCCUCGAAGGAAAGCAAAUCAUACGAUGCUAAUGAACCGGCCAAAAAGGAUGGAGGCGCGGAGAAGACAGAGGCUACCGGUUAA